GAUAAGAAAAAGCGCGAGACGGAACAGACGCCACAAAUUGGUUAAAAACAAAUAAUUUGGAAUUCCACGCCAUCCACAACAACCAACUUCGCAACGGCAAUGGGCAAGGAAAAGGCUGCCAAGACUUUCAAUAUUGGAGACCUUGUGUUUGCCAAGGUCAAGGGUUAUCCGGCGUGGCCCGCGAAGAUCACCAAGUGCAACAACAAAAAGUACAAUGUUUACUUCUAUGGGACGGGGGAGACGGCAAAUAUUAAAUUGGAGGACUUGUUCGCCUACGUAGGGAACAAGGAUAAGUUCGCCACUGACAGGAACAUGAAACGCGCCAAGUUCAGUGAAGCCAUUGACCAAAUAGAGAGCGCCCUGCGUGGCGAAGAUUCCGCGCCAAUCGAUUUGUCCGGUGGGGAGGAAGCAGCUGCCGCCGAAGAACCGCCAACAACCGACAAGCAAUCGGAACAGGCAGAAGAAAGUAGAAGACCUGAAACAGCGGAAGCUGCAGAUUCUACUCCAGCGCCAGCUCCUGCCCCGGCACCGCCUGAGCCUCAAAAGAAAACCGGUUCGCGAAAGUCAAAGGCACCGCCACGCCAUGUGGAUGGCGAUGGCGAGGACGCAACCGCUGCAGAUGCACCACCGCCAGCUAAGCGAAGAGUUCCGGCCGAGGGAUUAAAUUCUUCUCAGACCACCUCCGCUUCAGCUGGCACUGGUGCUUCUAGUAGCGCCAAAAAAUCGGUUAAAAAAUCCAAGCCCACGGCAGCAGUUACCCCCAUACAAAAACGAUCUAAGCCUGCAAACCAAAACAUUCAGAACGACUUACUUAUGGUGUACUUACCCACGGCAAAGUGUUUAGGAAUCAACAUCAACUAUCAGAGACCGGAGCGCUUCGAGAGUCCUGCCGCCGAGAAGGCCUGGGUCGAGAAGUCCCGGGAAGAAGCCCACGAGCUGAAACUAAAACUGGAAAGUGGGCAGCUGGAGCCAGAGUCUAUGCCCGAAAGGAUAGUUGUUGAACCGACUCGGAACGAAAUCCCCAAACUGGAGGCCAUGCGCUUCAUUGAGGAACUAAUUGAGCACGAGGACGGCCUGUUUAUGGAACGCGACUUUAUCACACUCUCCCAACAGCUUCGGGAAUGCUUAGGGCUGAGGAGAGCUAAUGUUGGGAAAUGCCUUGAGAUUCUGGAACAGUUUAAAGAAGUGGAUUUAACUAGACUUAUGCUGUUGCGGAACCCAGAAUGUGUCGACAUUAUGCGAAGAUUGCGGAGGUACGUGGGCAACCUAGAGCUCUGGAAGAUGAACUCCACAGACGAAAUGGAGUUCAAGGAAAAGGCACAAAUUAUUCGCAAAGUUUCCACCGGUAUCUAUGACAGCUUCAAGGCUCUAUUCGCUCCCCUACCGGAGCAAGAGGACAAUUUUUGGGUAGACUUUUGUGAGAAAGUUCGUAUUUACAAGAAUUAUACGAAAAACAUGAACGAAAAUCUUCGGGUAACGAUGAGCGAAAGUGGUUACAACAACUUGGUUGUAGCCAAAGAGAGCGCGGCUUCUACAGCUGCCGCCCAACAGUAAAUGAUCAGUGUUUAAGGACAAGCACCGCAAGUCCCACUCUAUUCUAAGGUCGGAAAACCAUGGAAAUCCUAACAUGGAAUUUCUGACACAAUUCUAUUUUCAGUUACUUUUAAGCGUUAAACCCCGGGCUAUUUGGAUUCCCAGCUCUGGAGGAUGAAGUUCGACAUGCCUAGUGCUAUUGCUUAAUUUCUAGGUUUACAAUAUGACCCCUGUUCUGCUCACUAUACAUUUUUUUGCAGACCAUACACCAUACAGCCUCCCCAGCUUUUUUGACCCAAACAUAUAUAUAUUUACUAUGUGUGUAGUGUUUUGAUUAAUAAUGAAUUAUAAAUAGUUGGUACAUUCUACUAAAAUAUCAUACCUUAUGAUGACAUUAAAUUCAAUUAGCUUUGAGACUGUUUCUCAUGGCAUACAUUUCGAAAAUA